AUGAUUUACUGUUCAUUUCCGGCCUGCGCUACCCUGGUUACUCAAUUAAUUUAUUUCUAUCUCCAUGCGCUGUUUCCAGCUAUACAUAACGCGAAUUUGUUCACUCCAUUUUGGUUCCACCAUCACGAGUAUUUCAGUUGCCAUUGCCUUUCUUUUGCCAUGACGAAACGCGAACUGGUUCACGCCACUCUGGCUCCGUCUUCAAAGCCCUUCCUUUUGCGAUGCGAAAGGCGAAGUGGUCCACUUCGCCUGGGCUGCUGCCGUUGCAACUAUUUGGAUUUCGAAGCCCUUGCUUUUGCGAUGCGAAACGUGAACUGCUCCACUUCGCCUGGGCUCUGCCGUUGCAACUAUUUCAAUUUCGAAGCCCUUUCUUUUGCGAUGCGAAACGUGAACCGCUCCACUUCGCCAUGGCUCUGCCGUUGCAACUAUUUGGAUUUCGAAGCCCUUCCUUUUGCGAUGCGAAAGGCGAAGUGGUCCACUUCGCCUGGGAUCUGCCGUUGCGACUAUUUGGAUUUCGAAGCCCUUGCUUUUGCGAUGCGAAACGUGAACAGCUCCACUUCGCCUGGGCUCUGCCGUUGCAACUAUUUCGAUUUCGAAGCCCUUCCUUUUGCGAUGCGAAACAUGAACUGCUCCACUUUGCCUUGGCUCUGCCGUUGCAACUAUUUGGAUUUCGAAGCCCUUCCUUUUGCGAUGCGAAACCCUGUCUUUCCGAGUCGUUCAAUCCCAAUGGGACUGUCGGCGCGUAUAACUCAACUCAAGCUGUCCCCACCGCCUGACCCAUUUCGAAUUAGUGGCCCGGAGGCAGGGAAACUAUUUCUCUUCAACACCCGCGCUAUUACGGACACAGCUGCAGUUCAUCACCCUCCAUCAAUAUGCCACAUAUUUCUUUAA